AAAUAAAAGCCAUUAAUAAUGGCUUUGAAAAAAACAAUUAAACAUUGAUUAAAGUUUUUUGUUUUUUUAAACAAAAUUUUUUUUACAACUAAACAACAACAAAAAUUUGUGUGUGAAAAGGUUAAAGAACCUUAAUUUUUACAAAAAAAAAAAAAAACAAAUUACCUAUAACAACAAAAUUCUGUGCUUGAUUAAUAUUAACAGAGAAUAAGAACAACAGCAACAACAACAAUUUGCUGUGUUUCAAAACAUAAACAAACAGCUAAAACAACAACAACUACAAAAUUAGCAAAUAUUUUUAAUAUUUGAAAACAAAGUAUUACUCUUUGUGAAAUAUUGUGAAAUUGAAAUUAAUAUAAACAACAACAACAACAAAACAACGAGCUGAGAAAAGCAAGGAUUACCAAGCAGCUUGUUUAAUUUUUUUUAAUUUAUUUAACUGUGUCUCUGGUGUGUAUGUGUGUAACUGGAAUAUUUCCUGUUUCCUCCGCUCAUCCAAACAACGACUUUUUUUUCGUAUUUUCUUAAAAUUUUCAUCAUUUAUCAUCUUCUUCAUAUUUGAACAAAAAAGGCCUCCUCAUGAAAUGUAAAAGUUGGUCUAAUAAAAUCAACAAUUUUGUUGUGCGCCGAUUAAAGUCCAUUAAGAGUAACGGUCCACAACAACAGUCCUCUAGUUCAAAUUGUAACACCACCAACAACGCUCAUCAGCAAUCGCAGCAGCAGCAGCAGCAACAGCAACAAUAUUUAACAAAUUGCUGCAGCAGCACAAUGCCAGCAAUGCCCAAAGAAAAAGCCACAGCAGUAUCAUUAACCGAAAAUAAUUUUAGUGAAUUAAAAUAUAAAGAAUUAGCAACAUCCGCUGCAGUUGUAGCUGCUACCGCGGCCUCAGCCGCUGCGGCUGCUAUGGCUUCAACGGCCACUGCUGCCUCACCAGUUGUUAGCACUAAUUCACCUUUAACAACUGGUGGUGGUAAUACCACAACAACAUUACGUCAACAAAAUUCCUCAACAUCUUUACAUCAACAGCAACAUCAACAUCAGCAUCAACAUCAACAGCAGCGUAAUUUAUGCGGUUGUGGUAAUGCAUCUGCAACAGAAGUUACUAUGAGAACUAAAUAUAUGACUAAUGGACACUCAUCACCUAUAGCAGCAGCUAUUGCUGGUGGUGGUCACAACUCUAAUAAUUCACCUUCCUCCUCACCACAUCGUUUAUCCACAGCCUCAACAGUCAGUGGCUUUAGUAGUAAUAGCAGUACUUCUUGCUGUCGCAUACGUUAUAAUCAAACAACACUAAAUGGUGAAACAAAUAAUAUGGAUUAUGGUACAACACCACCACCACCACCACCACCAUCAUCAUCAUCUCUACCAAUGUAUACCUUGUCAUCAACUUCCUCAAUAUCCUCUAACGCUUCCGCCUCAGCAACAACAACAACAACAUCCACAGCAAAUACCUUAAAUCCAAAUAGUUCAACACCACCAACACCUAUAGCCGUUACUCCACCAAAGAAAUCACCCAAAGAUUUUAUAUUUGGCAAAUUUAUAGGCGAGGGCAGUUUUAGUAAUGUCUAUUUGGGUGUUGAUAUCAAUACAAAACGUGAAUAUGCAAUUAAAGUCUGUGAAAAACGCCAAAUUUUACGCGAACACAAACAGGAGUAUAUACGUCGUGAACGUGAAGUCAUGCAUAUGAUGACAAAUGUACCCGGUUUUGUUAAUCUAUCGUGCACUUUUCAGGAUGCACGUUCUUUGUAUUUUGUUAUGACCUAUGCCAAAAAUGGUGAUCUAUUGCCGUAUAUUAAUAAAGUUGGUUCCUUUGAUGUUGACUCAACACGCCACUAUGCUGCCGAAUUAGUAUUAGCCUGCGAACAAAUGCAUCGACGCAAUAUUGUGCAUCGUGAUUUGAAACCGGAAAAUAUUUUACUAGAUGAAGAUAUGCAUACCUUAAUAGCGGAUUUUGGUUCGGUGAAAAUUCUAACGGCUGAAGAAAGACAGCAGGCAAAUGCCUUUUUGUUGGCCGGCGGUAUAGAUUUAUCGAAAAAGUCACGCAGUCAAUCGGGUGGUAGCAUUGGUAGUGGUUUGGUUAAUAGCGAUUAUGAUGAUGAUGUUUUGGAUAGUCAAGAUGAUGAGGAUAAUGAUUCUUCAAAUUCUUCAAAUGAUACGGGUAGUGGUGGUGAUGAAGUGGAUUCACCGCGUGCCAGAAGACAACAGCCACGUUAUCAUCGCAAGAGACGUGGUAGUUUUGUGGGCACUGCCCAAUAUGUUUCACCUGAAGUUUUGCAAAAUUCUCCUAUUACUCCCUCGGCCGAUUUGUGGGCUUUGGGUUGCAUUAUCUAUCAAAUGAUGUCCGGUCUACCGCCUUUCCGUGGUGCCAAUGAUUAUGUCAUUUUCAAAGAGAUAAUAGCCUGUAAUUUAGAUUUUCCUCAGGGUUUCGAUAAAGAUGCUGAGGAUCUAGUCAAAAAAUUAUUAAAACUUAAUCCAGCCGAAAGAUUGGGUGCCCAAGACUUUAGUGGACGCUAUGAAAGUAUACGUUCUCAUCCAUUCUUUAAGAAUAUAGAUUUUGAUGCCGUUAGACAGCAAACACCGCCACCCAUAUCACCUUUUUUGCCUGAUCUUAUUAAAGAAGAGGAAGAGUUUAAAAUCUGUGAAAAUUUAGAACCCGGUUUAGAUGAAAAACAAAUGACUCGACUGUUGGGCAUGGAAUUGGGUUGUAUCAGUGAUGAUGAUGUUAGCGAUAAGAAAAAGACUGUAAACAAUAAAACCCCCAAAACGGUAACAAGAUCAUCCAACUCCUGUUCCUCCAAUUCAUCAAAUAGCACACAAAAAUCUGCCAAAAAUAGUUUUGAUUUAACGGAUGCCGAAAAGCAUAAACGUUUGGAAUUGCAAAAAACUGAUAAAUGGCAUCCCUUUGCUGAGGGUGAGGUCAUUUUAAAAAAGGGUUUCAUUAACAAACGCAAAGGCUUAUUUGCAAGACGACGCAUGUUUUUGCUAACCACUGGCCCGCGUUUGAUUUACAUUGAUCCUGUGCAAAUGGUUAAAAAAGGUGAAAUACCCUGGAGCCCUGAACUAAGAGCUGAAGCCAAAAAUUUUAAAAUCUUUUUUGUUCAUACGCCAAAUCGUACCUAUUAUUUGGAUGAUCCUGAAGGUUUUGGUCUCGAAUGGGUGGCGGCUAUUGAAAAAAUGCACACCCUAACCUAUCGCGAACAAAUCAAUACCUCAACAACAAAUAUGGCAGCAACAGCAGCAGGCCAACAACAAAUCGCAAACUCCAAUAGAACGGCAAUUCAAACAUCCUGCUCUCCCUCAAUAACAAAAACUUCCUCAGCCAUAUCCGCGUCAUCCACAACAACAAGAACAAGUACGCCGCAUAAAACAUCUUCGCUAUUGGCCAAACCGAUAACGUUGUUAAAAACGGCAUCAAAUUAAGCAAAUAAUAAUGAAGAAAAACUAAAUAAACACACACACACAGGAGCGAUAUCCAAUCAUUUUUACAAAAUGCAAAACGAUAAGCAAUGGAUGUUGAAACAAAACUAACAAACAAA